GCUACACACGACAGGCCAAAAACGAAACUGUUUCAAUUCCCGCCCUACGAAGCUUCCUCCAAUUGCAGGGCUAUAAACACGCGCGGGAACCGUCACUUUCACCACACGCGCCACUUCCCUCUACGUCCCCGAGCAAUCCCAGCGGCAAACAACUGAACCAUGAGUCCCACAUCGAGCACCACCUCUGCCUCUUCCUCUUCCUCUUCCUUCGGCUCGAACAGCACCACCAGUUCAUGGCUCGUGCACGGCCUACUCUCUGGAGCUGCCAUAGCGGCCGCAGCUGGGGCUUACGUGGUGAUAUCCACGCGCCGAUCCGCAAAGUUUCGGAGCCGGGUGGUUGGAAUCAUACCGGCUCGUUUCAGCUCCUCCAGAUUCCAAGGCAAACCACUGGUCCCAAUCCUCGGAAAACCCAUGAUUCAGAGAACAUGGGAAAGAGCCAAACUUGCUACCUCACUAAACAAACUCUUUGUGGCCACCGACGAUGAGAGGAUAGCAGAAAUCUGUUUAGGGUUUGGAGCUGAUGUGAUAAUGACAUCAGAAUCCUGCCGUAAUGGAACUGAACGCUGCAGCGAGGCACUUCAAAAGCUUCGAAAGAAAUUUGACAUUGUUGUAAACAUUCAAGGGGAUGAGCCUCUAAUGGAGCCCGAGAUAAUAGAUGGGGUUGUCAAAGCUCUGCAGGCAGCCCCAGAUGCUGUAUUCAGCACUGCAGUUACAUCUUUGAAACCAGAAGAUGCAUCUGAUCCAAAUCGAGUGAAAUGUGUGGUGGAUACUCAUGGAUAUGCAAUCUAUUUUUCAAGGGGUCUGAUCCCAUAUAACAAGUCAGGGAAGGUCAAUCCACACUUCCCAUAUUUACUUCAUCUUGGAAUCCAGAGCUAUGAUGCACAGUUUUUAAAGAUAUAUCCAGAGCUUUCAUCUACUCCAUUGCAACUAGAAGAAGAUUUAGAGCAGCUUAAAGUCCUUGAGAAUGGGUAUAAGAUGAAGGUGAUCAAGGUUGACCAUGAUGCUCAUGGGGUGGACACUCCAAAAGAUGUGGAGAAGAUAGAAUCUCUUAUGCGGGAAAGAAAUUUGUCUUAGUUCUUAGCCAAAAAGUAGUAGAAGAAAGAGAGAACUUACUUAUAUAAUGGGAACUAGCAGGAUUCACAAGUUCUUGUGGCGGAUUCAGUAGCCCUUCACUCUAAUAAAGUUUAGACUUCAGACCCCAUCAUUUUGCUUCUCUAAUUUUAGAGGCGUAUCCCAAGCCCCUUUGUACUGGUUCUCUUGCCUGUUUUAAGGGACAAGGAUUCCCUAGAAUUCUUAGGUAUAUUUUUGUGUGAAUUUCAUCAAAUCUCAACAUCUGGAAUUUAAUGGUUGAAAUUUGGCUAAAUCAAUGCUUAUCACUUGCAAUAUAUAUAUAUAGUAACUGCUCAGGGGAAAAAAAAAGUUAUAACUAUUUACUCGUUAAAAGUGAUAGCUACUGAUAGAAAUAGUCGUUGAUAUGACAAAAUAUCAACCAUUGAAUUUCAAACCAAUGGUCGAGAUUUGAAGAAAUAUACUCAAUAUAAUUCUAGGAACAUGAAUGAACAUGAGACAUAGUGGCAAAGGCAAAGAAUUAGUUAUGGGAAACCAUCAAUGAUUAAGCUGAUAUAUUGUACUAAUACCAGUCUUUUAUACCACUAGUAAUGUUACUUUUCAUACUCAUUUCACAUCAGCUGACACGGAGUAUUUUACAUAGAUUUCCUUUUGUUUUUUUAAGUGACUAACAUAUGAAGCCACUUAAAACAUGCCACGUCAGCUAAUGUGAAAUAUGUGUGAUAAAUAAAUGAGGAGUCGCAGUACUCUUCUACCACAUAUACCUAUUGGCUAUAAUGCUUUGAGAAGGGUAAAAAUUUAAGAGAACAUAGACAUAGGCACACAAAUACUUAUUUAAGGAAAUGAUUAAUCGGAG